AUGGCAAUGAAUCCUGUGUUUCAUUCAACGUCGAGCGAAAAGCCCAAGCUGCUGACAAUCUCCUUCAAGGAUGAUCCACAAGGAUCUUUGGGGGCACAGCUAAUCAACUGCGACAAGGGAGAAGCCUUUGAGAUGUUUUCUCCUGGUUUUGCCCAAAUUGGACGCUUGUUGGAAGGUGCUACGGUGGCCAGAAAGUGUGGCGUUAAUGUUGGUGAUUGCAUUGUGGCUGUCAACGGUUCAGGCUACCGCCGAUUUGCUGCAGACUUCAAGGAAGAGGAGCUUGAGAAUCUUUCAGGAGAUUCUCAUAUGUCGAAUGAUAACAAUGUGUUCACUGCUGGUACAGGAGAAGCUUAUCUUGCAUUGUUGGCCAAAAUUAAAUUUAUCAAGUCUAUGGGUGAUCCACCACUAGCAUUGAGUUUAGAACGGUAUGGUUGGGAUGCCAAAAUCAACUCCUGGCCUCGAUUUUUGGAGGCACGUGAUGGAGACGUUCCCAAUGCGAUGAAAAUGAUGCAAGAACACGAACAAUGGAAAACUGGUAUUUUCCCUAUUGAUCUUACAAGAGAUGGUGUGCAAGAGGUGUUGCGACUCAAAGCAGUGGCUGAAAUCGACCUGGACGUUAUGGAAACCCAGGUUCCAACAGUCUAUGUUAACUUUUCCAAGCUUCAAAGUGUUGACUCCAUUUCACCGGACGAUGUCUGCAAAGCAUUCAUUGUUUUCACAGAGAUGAUGUUGGCUCGAGGCAAGGAUCCCCGAAACCCUAAAGCAAACCAGUUCAUUGAUUUGUCUGGAGUCACAAUCUCCAGUGGCUUCCGCGUUGAUAUGCUGAAGAAGAUCUACAAUCUUUUCGAACCAAACUAUCCAGAAACUCUACAGAAGAUGGUCAUGUACCCAGUUUCCAACAUGCUUGCAAAAACAGCUCGUACGCUGUUGAACUUUGUCAAUGAAAAGACGCAACGGAAGUUUGUCAUUACAAACAGUCUUGCAGUAGUUUGUGAAGAAUUGGGGUGGGAUCAAAGAGAAGUCGAGUCAUGUGGUGGUGUGACAGAGUUCAUGCAUAAGCAUGAGAAGGCAGGGUCUGCGUUGAUCCUCGAAUAA